UCGCCGCCGGGUCUCCCGGCCGCGUCGAGCCGCGGCAUGCGGGCCAGGGCCCCGACGGCCGAGCGCGCCCCGCGCCCGGCCGCCCGGACGGCCCCUCGGAAGAAGCCCCGGACGCGGUUCCGGAAGAAGAAGGCGCCGGGCGCGAGCGGGGCCGCGGGGGCACCGCCCAGGGCUCCGGAAGACUUUUCCCGGAACUGGAAGGCGCUGCGGGAGCUGCUGAAACAAAAAUCUCAGGCCCCCGAAGAACCUCUUGUCCGUCAGACAGAUGUGAAAAAGCAGCCCCAAAUCGUCCAGCGGAAUGGAAAAGAGAGCUCAGAUGCAUCAAAGGGAGGCCACUCACCGCCUAGGAGAGCCCAGGCGGCCGCGGGGGUCUCCGUUGCCUCCGCCCGUAAGAAGGACAGGCUGUCACGGGCACCUUCCACCGAGGCAAGCGGGGCAGAGCGCCAGAAAGGAGCCAAGAGGAGGACAGAUGGUGCUAUCUUUUUGCAACAAGGGGCCGUGAAGCCUAAGAAGAGGAAAGCUGAGGAGGCAGCCGUGGCCCUGACCCCGGCCCCCCCCACUGAGAAAGACAUCUGGUUUGAUGGUGUGGAUCCCGUGGAUAUCGAGGCUGCCAUGGGCCCCGAGGCGGCCAGGAUAGCGCGGAGACAGCUGGGGCAGAAGGAGAGCAGCGUCUCUCUGGUGAAGGAGCAGGCCUUUAGUGGCCUGACGAGAGCCUUGGCCAUGGACUGUGAGAUGGUGGGCGUUGGCCCCACGGGCGAGGACAGCAUCGUGGCCCGGGUGUCCCUCGUGAACCAGUACGGGAAGUGUGUUUACGACAAGUACGUGAGGCCAACCGAGCCCGUGACGGACUACAGGACAGCCAUCAGCGGGAUCCGGCCCGAGGACCUCAAGCAGGGGGAGAAACUUGACGUUGUGAAGAGAGAAGUGGCCGAGAUGCUGAAGGGCAGAAUCCUGGUGGGGCACGCGCUACACAGCGACUUGAAGGUGCUGUUCCUCGAUCAUCCAAAAAAGAAGAUCCGGGACACCCAGAAGUACAAGCCGUUCAAGGCUAGAGUGAAGAGCGGAAGACCGUCUCUGAAGCUGCUCUCCGAGAAGAUCCUGGGGCUCAGAGUCCAGCAGGCAGAGCACUGUUCCGUCCAAGAUGCCCAGGCAGCCAUGCGGCUCUACAUCAUGGUGAGGAAAGAGUGGGAGAACACCGCCCGAGACAGGCGACCCCCGGCGGCCGCCCCCGCCCGCCGCAGGGACGCCGCCUAGCACCACCCUUCCCGCCUGUGGCAUGGGGACCCGCCCCGACCAGCCAAGUGCCAGACGGUGACAGCGGUGAAACGUGGCUGCGGGUCAUGGAGGUGAGCCGCCGGAACUUGUUCUCUGGCUCGGCCGUGGACCUGGUCUUGCGGCAGGCGGUGUCCUGGUGCGGCCCGGAGCUGGGCUGACGGAGGAGGGACGGGCUCUGCACGGCUGUGGCCGCGCUGGCAGAGGGCUCUGGAAGGAUCCAGGUCCCCCCGAGGAGGAAGUGGACAAAUGAGGCCAGGCCAGGCGCCCACGGGUCUCCUGACGCCCGGCAGGCCGGCAGUGUCUGCCUCACGGGGAACUUUGCCACGGCCCUUUCCCACUCGUGUUUAUCUACUUUGUCUGGCUUUCUGGAGAGUCAGUACCUGCAAAGACUCCCCCGACCACAGUGGUCUGGAGGUUGUCUCCCCUCUGGCCCAAGCUUCGUGCGGACCUGAGGCUGUUGACCUGGAAGACUGAAAUCUGGCCACCCUGUGGCUCUCUGGUCUGGCCAGCGUCAGGAGUGGCCAGUUACACUAGCCAGUGACUCCCGGGCUUGGGGAGUCCCCUGACCCCUGUAGGAGAGGGGCGUGCCCAGAGGAUGUGACUCUCAGGCAGAGGGCUUGCCUGGCCUGAGGCCUGGCUCCCUCUAGUGCAAAAUAAAGGAGAUGGAUCGUU